GCGAUGCGUCCCAGUCCACCUCGCUCGCUCGCUCCUCUCUCAGAUCUAAUCAUUAUUUAAUCCUUUUUUCCAGGUCUCACAUGAGCACUCCCCACUCGUCCUCCACCUCCUCCUCCCCCGCACCCCACCGCGCCUCCCCUCCCCAGAUCCCCCAAUCCCUAACCCUAGCGCCGCCCACGGCGUCCUCCGCCUCGCCCUCGUCCUCCUCCGCGUCCGGCAUGCGCGAUGCGGCGGAGGACGACUCCGACUCGCCGCCCUCGCAGAUGUCGGAGGACGACCCCGGCGGGGGAGGCGGCGACAGGUGGGAGCCGGAUCUGAGGGGCGGCAACGGCGGCGGCGGGAGGUGGGCGCCGCCGGACCAGGUGCUGGAGAACGUGCUCGAGAGCGUGCUCGAGUUCCUCACCGCCGCGAGGGACCGCAACGCCGCCUCGCUCGUCUGCCGCUCCUGGUACCGCGCCGAGGCGCAGACGCGCCGCGAGCUCUUCAUCGGCAACUGCUACGCCGUCUCGCCGCGGCGCGCCGUCGAGCGCUUCGGCGGCCUGCGCUCCGUCGUGCUCAAGGGCAAGCCGCGCUUCGCGGACUUCAGCCUCGUGCCGUACGGCUGGGGCGCCUACGUCUCCCCCUGGGUGGCCGCGCUGGGACCCGCGUACCCGCGCCUCGAGCGCAUCUGCCUCAAGCGGAUGACCAUCUCCGAUGACGACCUCCACCUCGUCGCCAAGUCGUUCCCGCUCUUCAGGGAGCUCUCGCUCGUGUGCUGCGACGGCUUCAGCACGGUCGGCCUCGCCGCCAUCGCUAAGCUCUGCCGGCAUCUUCGCGUGCUAGAUCUCAUUGAAGAUUACGUUGAGGAUGAGGACGAUGAGCUGGUGGAUUGGAUCUCCAAGUUCCCAGAGUCCAACACCUCUCUGGAGUCACUUGUCUUUGAUUGUGUCAGCGUUCCGUUCAACUUUGAGGCCCUGGAGGUACUGGUUGCUCGCUCACCAGCCCUGCGCCGGUUGCGUGUGAACCACCAUGUGUCAGUAGAGCAGCUGCGCCGUCUGAUGGCAAGAGCACCCCAGCUCACGCACUUUGGAACUGGUGCAUUCCGAUCUGAAGCUGCCCCUGGUGGGGGUUUGUCUGUGACUGAGCUUGCUACAUCUUUUGCUGCAUCCAGGUCGCUCAUUUGUCUAUCAGGUUUCCGGGAUGUUAAUCCAGAAUACCUCCCAGCAAUCUACCCAGUUUGUGCCAAGCUCACUUCUCUAAACUUCAGCUUUGCAAGCCUAACUGCUGAGGAACUCAAACCAGUUAUUCGCAACUGCAUCAAUCUUCGCACUUUCUGGGUUCUUGAUACGGUGGGCGAUGAAGGCCUUCGGGCUGUGGCUGAUACAUGCUCGGAACUCCGUGAGCUGCGAGUUUUUCCUUUGGAUGCCUCUGAAGAUUCUGAGGGCUCAGUCUCAGAUGUUGGUCUUCAGGCGAUCUCAGAAGGCUGCCGGAAGCUAGAAUCAAUCCUCUACUUCUGCCAGCGGAUGACAAAUGCAGCCGUAAUUGCUAUGUCCAAGAACUGUCCUGACCUUGUGGUGUUCCGCCUCUGUAUUAUGGGCCGCCACCGGCCUGAUCGGAUCACCGGGGAGCCCAUGGAUGAUGGUUUUGGUGCAAUUGUGAUGAAUUGCAAGAAGCUCACCAGACUUUCAGUCUCUGGCCUGCUUACUGAUAAAGCUUUUGCAUACAUUGGGAAAUAUGGGAAGCUAAUAAAGACUCUGUCUGUUGCCUUUGCUGGGAAUAGUGACAUGUCCCUGCAAUAUAUAUUUGAGGGAUGCACUAAGUUGCAGAAGCUUGAGGUCAGAGAUAGCCCUUUUAGUGACAAGGGAUUGCUCUCAGGACUGAACUACUUCUACAAUAUGAGGUUCUUAUGGAUGAACUCAUGCAGGCUAACUAUGAGGGGCUGCAAAGAUGUAGCUCAGCAAAUGCAAAAUUUGGUGGUUGAAGUAAUCAAGGACCACCCUGAUGAUGAAGGGGAGGCUGAGAUUGUUGACAAGUUGUACCUGUAUCGGUCACUGGCAGGACCAAGGAAUGAUGCUCCACCAUUUGUUACCCUCUUGUAGUACUGCUGUUGGAACCUGCUGUACCCACGAACAUGUUUGUUCAAUUAUUCCUCAUCAAGUUUUUCAGAGCCAGCGAGGGAAGCUUCCUGUGGAUGAUUUUCAAGUUGCCGCAGGAAUGCUCCUGUAAAUCAAGAGGCUGCUGAUUAUUCUUUUCUCUUGAUCUUCAUUGAUCGUUGGGCUGGCAGGGCGGCAUUCUGAGUUGGGGCAGUUGAGGAGCACGUCCAAAGCAAGUCAUCGGAGCGCUUGGCGCUGGUCUUACAGUAUAGCAAUGAUGAGUAGGGACUGAUUGCACAGGGACUGACUGCACACUGACUCCAGUCAGCUGGCUUCGGAUGGUUCUUCGGCACUCAAGUCUCAAGCUACUUGUAUCUUGCCAUCUCCCUUUUUGUUUUUCUGCUCAGACCAAGGAAUGGCAAUGCUGCCUAUGUCCGAAGCUUCAAUGUUCCAUCGGCCAUUAUGUUUUAGAUUAUCCAAAACUCGGCUACGCUAUUUUUUUCUCCCUUUUUUUCUACGUUUUUAGCACUCAUGAGUUAUUUUUGUAGACCUGUAGACCAUUAUCCCUUUUCUUGGUCUCCACCCUCUGCUAUUUUUAAUCAAGAAGCUAUUGGAGGAAUUUGAAAUUUCAUCGGCAUUGUUUGGUUUUGCCCU